AUGGCUCGUGUCGCCGCCAUAGUGGUGCUGGUGCUCCUCCUACAGCUAGCCUCCUCGUACCCCGUCGCGGCCCGCGCCGAUGCUGCCGGCGUGCUUGGCCGCAAGGCCGGCGUCGUCGUUGACGAGCCUCCCGUGGAGAACGCGCCGGUUGGGCCGGGGAGGUACGCCGUCAUCUUCGACGCCGGCAGCACUGGGAGCCGGGUGCACGUCUUCAGGUUCGACAGGCAGAUGGACCUCCUCCGCAUCGGCGAUGAGAUCGAAUUCUUCGCCAAGGUGAAACCAGGCCUGAGCUCGUAUGCUGGACGACCCCAAGAGGCCGCGAAGUCCAUUCUGCCUCUUCUUGACAAGGCCAAGAGCAUUGUCCCUUCAUGGCUUAUGAAAAGAACCCCUCUUAAGCUUGGAGCGACUGCUGGAUUACGCCUUAUCGGAAAUCAACGAGCAGACCAAAUUCUUGAUGCGGUCAGAGAUCUUGUCCACAAAAAGAGCAAAUUUCAGUACAAGCCCAACUGGAUCAAUGUUCUUGAGGGAUCUCAGGAAGGAUCCUACCUAUGGAUUGCUCUGAAUUAUUUGCUGGAUAAACUGGGAGGGGACUAUUCCCAGACGGUAGGCGUGAUUGAUAUGGGCGGUGGAUCGGUGCAAAUGGCCUAUGCUGUCUCUCCAUAUGCUGCUGCGAGAGCACCCACGGUGCCUGAUGGCGAGGAUCCCUAUAUUACCAAAGAGUAUUGUAAAGGAAAAGAGUACAAUGUAUAUGUUCACAGCUACUUGCGCUAUGGUUCCUUUGCAUCACGAGCGGAGAUUUUGAAGUCCAAGAACGGACCAUUCAGCUUCUGCAUGCUGCAUGGAUUUAGUGGUAAAUACACCUAUAAUGGACAGCAAUACGAUGCAACUGCUAGACCAGAAGGAGCAUUAUAUGAGACAUGUAGGGAAGAGAUUGCCAAGGCAAUGAAUCUGAAGGCACCAUGCAAGACAAAGAACUGCACCUUCGGUGGUGUGUGGAAUGGGGGAGGUGGAGCUGGCCGAAACAAUAUCUACGUCGCAUCAGGCUUCUACUACCUUGCCUCACAUGUUGGGUUCAUAGAUAGCAAAGCUCCCAGCGCGAAGGCCGCUCCUGCCGCACUCAGGGCUGCUGCUAAGAAGGUUUGCCAAUUGGAUGUCAAGAAAGCAAAAGUUGACUACCCUAAUAUUUCUGACAGUGAUGUGCCAUACUUGUGUAUGGAUCUUACUUACACAUACACAUUGCUCGUUGACGGCUUCGGUCUGCAGCCAACGAAAAAGAUCACAUUUGUAUCCAAGGUGAAGCAUGGAGAAUACUACAUCGAAGCAGCAUGGCCUCUGGGUACUGCUAUUGAGGCCGUGUCACCGAGAAAGCAGAUCGGAAACUAA